AUGAACAAGAUUAUAUUCUACGAGGACAGAAACUUCCAAGGUCGCUCCUAUGAGACCGGCAAUGACUGCCCUGAGCUCAGCUCCUAUCUGAGCCGCUGCAACUCUUGCAGGGUGGAGAGCGGCUGCUUUAUGGUAUAUGAUCGCUCCAAUUUCAUUGGAAACCAGUUUUUUGUGCGAAGGGGUGAUUACUCCGACUGCACGCAAAUGGGCUUGAGUGACUCGAUUAGAUCCUGCCGUACAAUUCCUCAGCACAGAGGACCCUUCAGGAUGAGGAUCUACGAGAGAGAGAAUUUUGGUGGUAUGAUGUAUGAGAUGACGGAUGACUGUGAGUCCAUGAGGGAUCGUUAUUGUAUGUCUGACAUGCGGUCCUGCCACGUGAUGGAUGGCCACUGGCUGCUAUAUGAACAGCCCCACUACAGAGGCAGAAUGAUGUACCUGAGACCUGGAGAGUACAGGAGCUUCAGAGACAUGGGCCACGGCUUCAGAUUCAGCUCCAUCCGCAGAAUCAUGGACCCCUGCAAUUAA